UGCACCAUGGAAUAUAACGACACAUCGCUCAACGGGUCGGAGACCUACAAGCCGUACUAUGAGCGGCCCGAGACAUACAUCGUACCACUGCUGUUCGCCCUCAUCUUCGUCAUUGGCGUGGUGGGAAACGGCACUUUGGUAGCGGUAUUCGUCAGACACAAAGCUAUGAGGAAUGUACCCAACACAUACAUCCUAUCGCUCGCACUCGCAGACCUGCUAGUCAUCAUCACGUGUGUACCGUUUACCUCCAUCGUGUACACGGUGGAAUCGUGGCCGUGGGGUGAAUCGGUCUGCAAGAUCUCCGAAGCGGCGAAGGACGUUAGCAUUGGAGUGUCGGUGUUCACCCUCACAGCGCUGUCCGCUGAUCGAUACUUCGCGAUCGUCGAUCCGUUGAGGAAACUGCAUGCGACUGGAGGAAGCAAACGUGCUACUCGCCUGACAGUGGCUACAGCCAUUGGCAUUUGGGUUCUAGCCGCCGUACUCGCCACUCCCGCCUACAUCGGCUCCUACCUGCGGGCGUUCGUCGUCAACCCCACUACUCAGUUCCACGUAUGCUACCCCUACCCACCGCAGUGGGGCGAGUCGUACGCGCAAACCAUGGUGCUGAUGCGGUUCAUCCUCUACUAUUCCCUGCCGCUUGCCGUCAUCGCCUUGUUCUACGUGCUCAUGGCGCGCCAUCUAGUGCUGAGCACACAGAACAUGCCGGGAGAGAUGCAGGGAACACAGAGACAGAUGCGAGCUAGAAGAAAAGUGGCGUUAACAGUGCUCGCCUUUGUGCUAGUGUUCGCCGCUUGCUUCCUUCCCUCACACGUCUUCAUGAUGUGGUUCUAUUACUGCCCCACUGCCCAAGAGGACUACAACUCGUGGUGGCACGGGCUGCGCAUCGUGGGCUUCUGCUUCUCCUUCCUCAACAGCUGCGUCAACCCCAUCGCGCUCUACUGCACCAGCGGCAUCUUCCGGAAGCACUUCAAUAGGUACCUCCUAUGCCGCAGCGGGUCAGCUCACGGGCAGCGUGGCUCUCUCUCUCUCUCCACCUCGAGACGUCUGACCUCCAGCAGGAAGACCAACAUCAGCAUGGUGCCCCGGACAACAAGUGUCGGCCGAGACAGUAGCAUCCGCCUCCUAAACAACGGCUCGAACCUCUGAGGAAGGCCCCGCCCGCUCGCCGCGGCUAACAACAAUCAGGAGAGGAGCAAGGAGAACUACAGGAAGUGUCUAGUCUUCAAGCCGGACAACAUGCCUCCCUUCCCCAAGUGCUGUGAGAGUGAAAACGGUCUGAAACUAGCCGAAACUAACAUAGACUCUAAAGACAUUAGCACGGAGAGUUUCCUUCUACCCAUAGACAAUUUUGGACGUAGUUAAUUCAAAUGGAAGUUUGGUGAAAUGUCUAGACUAUAAGAAUAGGUUAAUUUAAUUUAUGAUACUAGAUUCCGCGAUGUCUGUUCGCGUGUAAUUCUGUUUUUCACAAAUCCCGCAUAGAUAUUUCCGAAAAAAGAAACCUAUGCUCCAUGGUCCUGUAUCACUAUAGCAAAAUUUAUGUAAAUCGGUUGCGCGUUUUUGAAAAGGUACAGACAGACACAUUUUCGA